UUUCACCUUGGUUGUACAUCUGUGUGGAGAGCCGCACGUUUGGGUUUAGCUUGACAUUUUUGACGUUCAAAUGAAAGAUAAAUGUCUGAGUAGCAGCAAAGCCCGGCUAGCUGUAAUUCUGAGUGUGAAAAACCAUGAAGCAAGAUGUCAGGAUACUUUUGUUGGGGGAACCCAAAGUGGGGAAGACGUCCCUCAUUAUGUCUCUGGUGGGAGAAGAGUUUCCAGAAAAGGUUCCCCCCAGAGCUGAAGAAAUCACUAUUCCUGCUGACGUGACUCCAGAGAAGGUCCCCACUCACAUCGUGGACUACUCAGAAAAGGAACAGAGUGACGAAGUCCUUAGAGAUGAGAUCAUCAAGGCUAAUGUAGUGUGUGUGGUGUAUGAUGUCACCAAUGAGGACACAAUAGAUAAGAUAAAAACCAAGUGGAUUCCUCUGGUCAACGGAGAUGCAGAGAAAGGAAACAAGGUGCCGAUCAUCCUCGUGGGGAAUAAAUCCGACCUGCGCAGUGGGAGUUCGAUGGAAACCAUUCUGCCCAUUAUGAACCAGUUCUCUGAGAUUGAGACAUGCGUCGAGUGUUCGGCAAAGAAUCUGAAAAACAUUUCCGAGCUUUUUUACUACGCCCAGAAGGCCGUUCUUCACCCCACUGCUCCUCUUUACGACCCCGAAGACAAACAGUUAAAACCAGCGUGUGUUCGAGCUCUGAGCAGAAUAUUCUACAUUUCGGACCAGGAUAACGACCGGAUCCUCAGUGACGCUGAACUCAACUGCUUUCAGAAAUCUUGUUUCGGGAAUCCUCUGGCACCACAAGCUUUAGAAGAUGUAAAGACCGUAGUUUGGAAGAACACCAGCGACGGCGUCCAAGACAACGGCCUGACUCUAAAUGGUUUCCUGUUUCUUAACACCUUGUUUAUCCAAAGAGGCCGGCAUGAAACCACUUGGACCAUCCUCAGGAAGUUUGGUUAUGACGAUAACCUGGAGCUGACUGAUGAUUAUCUUUAUCCCGAACUCAGAGUUUCUGUUGGCUGCAGCACAGAGAUCAACCAGUUAGGCCACCAGUUUCUCCAGCGGUUGUUUGAAAAGUAUGACGAAGAUAAGGACUCUGCCCUCUCACCAGCCGAGCUGAAGAACCUGUUCUGUGUUUGUCCUUACAUGCCUUGGGGGGAUGAAGUCUAUCUGACUGUACCCACCACAGAGCAGGGCUACAUCUCUAAUCUAGGCUACCACUGUCAGUGGAUGCUCUCUGCUUACCUGGACAUCCACCGCUGCCUGGAGCACCUUGGAUACCUGGGCUACCCUAUCCUUACCGAACAGGAUUCUCAGACUGCGGCUAUCACAGUGACUCGAGAAAAAGAGGUGGAUUUGGAAAAGCGGCAAACUCAGAGGUCGGUCUUUCUCUGCAAGGUGAUCGGACCACGAGGGACCGGCAAGACCGCCUUUCUCCAGUCGUUUGUGGGUCGCAGCGUUCUGAGUAAAGGAAACCCCAGCAGUGCCUUCUCACCAUAUGUCAUAAAUAGAGUUCAAAUCAGCAACCACGAAAAGUUUCUGAUUCUUAAUGAGGUCGACGUGGAAACGGAGUUCCUGAAAGCCUCAGACGCUUCCUGUGAUGUGGCUUGCCUCAUGUAUGACACCAGUGAUCCUCAUUCAUUCGACUAUUGUGCCAGUAUAUACAAGCAACAUUACAUGGAGAGCAACAUCCCAUGUGUGCUGGUUGCCUCCAAGGUGGACCUUCCUGAAGCCAAACAGGUUCAUGGUAUGACUCCUGCAGAGUUCUGCUACAAACACAGACUCCCUCCACCGCUGCCUUUCUCCAGCUUGUUACUUGAUUCCACCAGUAAGAACAUCUACUCCAGACUUGCCUGGGCGGCGAUGUACCCCCACCUGAAAGGAUCAGACAUGAGCAACACUUCCUUCUGGCUGAGGGUGGCACUGGGCUCAGCUGUGGUUGCAGUUCUAGGUUUCGCCAUCUACAGAGCCGUAGCUAGGCUAAAAUAACCAACAAUGAGCUAGAUGAGAUUUUACUUUCUUUAAACAUAAUCCAUCAAGACCAAACCAGAAAAGCAGAACCACUGAAGCCUGAACUGAAUAAUGUCCUUAUCCCCUUUAAUUUUUCAUCUGAAGACUUCCAUUAACCUGUCCACCCUUCCGUCUGACCUCCUCGCUUUGAAGACAUUUGAUCCUAUCAGUUCUGAAGCGACUGGAUGCUGGUGAUCACAUUAGACCCUCUGCUGCUGUGCCCAGCUUUGUUGGCCUUAUGCUGAAGAACAGCCUCUAAAGCUAUCCAGAAAGGUGCUUUAUUAUAGAGAGAGCCUGCAGGAAGAGGAGUACAACUCUCCUGCGUAUCGAUGGGGCUAUCUGUUGAGUGUUAAAGAUAAUAUUUCACGCACAUCUAGUGGGUUCAAAUGACAAUAAUGCCAAAUUAAGCAGGAUGAGUACUAGUGUUGGAAACCUUUACAAAGAGGACAUCCAGACCAGCUGCUACCAAAACUGUUUCUGACCAAGACAUCCCUGAUAGUCGAUACAGAAUCAUUGCCAAAUAACUCCUGCAACUAUGAGCAGCUGUAGCACCAUUACCACCGGCUGUUUUAGCAUCACGAUAUCUCGUUUCUUAUAUUUAAAGCAGAUCUUCCAUAGAAGAAGCGAUACAGAAAGGUUGCUUCUAUCGCAUGAAGAUAUUUGAUUUUUAAUGAAAAGAUGGAAUAUUUUAAGUGUUUGCUGAAAUUUCAGAAACAACACGCUAAUCAGGGGGAGCAAGGUGAACAUUGAAUGCUGUACUUUUGAAGGAAAUGAUUCGAUUAUUUUACGUGCCUCCGGUUUCCUCGCUCCACGGUUCCGCCCCGAAAAAAUGUUUUAGUGAGAAUAUUUAGUUUUAUUUUUUUCUCUUCUUUUAUGCGUGACUGACUGAACUUGUUACAGAACCUAUUGUUUGUUUUUGUUUUUCUUCCUUAACAUAAAUCAGUUCUAUGUGUGAUUAAACCGAGAUUCUGAUUGGUUCUGCAGGAAACAUUCCUGUGAUUUUCAAAUGCUUUUAUUACUGAAAGUGAUUUUAGAUGCUUAAUAAAGACUGGACCAGAUUGGAUGAAAACUCCUGA